UCUUCAUCUUUACUCCUCCGUCAGCUUGCUCCUCCUCAUGGCUCCUCCAGUCCUCCUGCUGCUCCUCCUGCUGAGCUCCGUCUCCUCGCUGCCUCCUCCUCGGACCUCCUUCCCCCUCAACUCCGUGGACAGACCUCUGGUCCACUUCAGCGGCCCCAACACCACCACGCUGCUGCUGAGCCCCGACGGCUCCACCCUGUACGUCGGGGCGCGGGACGCCGUGCUCUCAUUGGACGUCAGUCGGAGUGAUGUCAUCAGGCAGAAGAAGAAGGUGGAGUGGCGUCCAUCCGACCGUGAAAUAGACGACUGUCGCAAUAAAGGAAAGGACGCCGCGAUGGACUGUCCUAACUUUGUGCGUGUCCUCCAGCUGAUGAACUCGACCCACCUGUACGUGUGCGGCAGCUUCGCCUUCAGUCCUCGAGACGCGUUCAUCGAGGCGGAGAGCUUCUCGCUGCAGCAGCUCUCCGUGGUUAAAGAGCGCGCCCGCUGUCCGUUCAGCCCGCUGCAGAGGAACGCCGCGCUCGCCGUCGACGGCGAGUUGUUCACCGCCACGACCACCGACUUCAGAGGCCUGAAACCUCAGAUCAGCAGACACUUCAGCAGGGACGGACGCCACGACCUGUCCCAGGACUCGUCAGUCAGCCUGCUGGAGGAGCCGACCUUCGUCUCGGCGACCUCUGACCCCUCAGACAGGAAGCUCUACUUCUUCUUCAGUGAAGUCGGCAAAGAGUUCAGCUUCACAGACGAGCUGCAGAUCCCCCGAGUGGCUCAAGUCUGCAAGGACGAUGUUGGGGGACAGAGGACUCUGCAGAACCGGUGGACGUCCUUUGCCAAAGCGUCUCUGCUGUGUCAGCGUCCCAGACAGCUUCCCUUCAACGUGCUGCAGGACGUCUUCACGCUGCCGCCACCAGGGGACGCCACCGCCACCGCCACCGACACGCUCUACUACGGCGUCUUCACCUCCCAGUGGUCUUCGGGUCCCGAGUCCGCCGUCUGCGUCUUCAAGCUGCAGGACGUCCGGGUGGCGUUCUCCGGCAGCUACAGGACCUUCGACAUGGAGACGCACCAGUGGAGCUCCGUGGGAAAACACUCGUAUCUGGGACAGUGUGGUCUUGGCAACGCCUCAGAUUCUGAUCUAGCUCAGGUGAAGAAGAGUUUCCUGACCAGUGGUGGUGUGAAGCCGAUGGGGGACGGUCCGGUCCUGGUCUCAGCGCGGCGCUACAGUCACGUCGCCGCCAUGAGGACACAGGCGGCCAACCAGAAGACGUAUACGGUCCUCUUCCUCCUCACAGAGUCCGGGUCCCUCCAGAAGCUGGUCCUGCUGGAUCGGGGAGUCCACGUCAUUGAGGAGGUCCAGGUCUUCACUGGUCCCCACAAGGCCAAGAGUCUCGUCCUGUCCCCCAGCAAGGGCGUGGUCUAUGUGGGGUCCUCUGCUGGAGUGUCCUCGGUCCCCGUAUCCCACUGUUCCGGGUACAGCAGCUGUGGUCAGUGCGUCCUGGCCAGAGACCCUCUGUGUGGCUGGAGCCGGAGCGGCGCCGUCUGCGGCGCCGUGGGCGGAGCUACGGAGGAUGACACGGUUCAGGUCCUGGAGGACGGGGACGUGGACGCGGCGUGUCGGGGACAGAGCGGGACCCGCCGGGCUACAGAAGUCGUCGUUCCUCUGAACAAAGUGGUGAAGCUCCCGUGUGUGAAGCCGUCGAACCUCGCCGCCGUGAGCUGGAGCUCGCCGCGGUUCGGCCGCCUGCCGGACGACGUCUUCCUCCAGGCGGCCGACGGCUCUCUGAGCUUCCUCGCCGCCGCCGAUACCUUCGGCAGCUUCGCCUGCGAGGCGCGGGAGGCCGGCGUCACCGAGGUGGUGGCGAGCUACGACGUCCGGCCGAGUCGGGACGCCGCGCCGCGCGCCAUCAGCCCCGCCCACGACCACGACCACGACCACACAGACGAGUCCUUCGAGGACAUCGCCACCGACGCUCCGACGCCGUCAGGAGACUACGAGGACAACGAAGACGAUAAAACCACGACCGUUUUAGAAGACGAGACCACCGAAGGACGCCCUGGACUGGAGGAGGCUGAGGGGCGGGGCUUCACGCCGACGCCCCGCAUCGGCGCGCGGUCCGGGGAGGAGCCUGGCGGCGCCCGCGUCCAGCCGAAGAGUUACCACAGCGAGCUGGUGGUCGUCUCCCUGCUGCUGGCGUUCUGCGUCUGCUUCCUGAUGCUCGGCGCCGUCCACGUGUGGCGCCAACGCAGAACCGGCCUCAAGACCAAAACCAGCCCGCUGGUGAGCCCCGAGGACGGCUGCCCACGCAUCCCGUCCCUGGAGAGCGUCCCGUCCCUGAGCGAGGACGACGCGACGGAGACGAAGAUCGUGGAGUGACUAGUGACGAGCCUUUAACGGGAACGAUACGUGUUCCAGAGUUUACUGAAUCUACCGCGUUAAAACGGCACAUUAACCCUUUGAUGCUCAACAUGGUCACAUUCACCCCGUCAUGAUAUUAAUGCUGCUGUGUGUUGCUGUUUGAUAUCAACUUACUUAUGAUUGAAUAUUCCAAGUAUUCUUUAAAUAUCUUGUUUUUGAUAACAACAGAUCAUUAUUUCCAUUUUGCCUCUCAUACUUUAUGAAGAAAAAAAGGCUUUGUAUUGUGACAUGGCUAACUACUUGGCUAAGUAGCUUGCUAAGAUAACUACUUAGCCAAGAAGUUAGCUAAGUAGUUAUCUUAGCAAGCUACUUAGCUAAAAAAAAAUGGAUAUGGGUCAUUUUUGACCCAUGUUGUGCAUUAGAAGAGUAGUGACACAAAAAGGGAUUUUAUUAAAAAAUGAAUCAAGGAAAACAUAAAAUUAGGAUGUAUGAUGAUCGAAAACAAACUAAUUGAGGAAAACCUGGAAUACUGAAUGAUGAAAAUAAUUUAAUGCAAAGAUAUAGAACAUAAAAACUCUGUCGGGUCACUUUAGACCAUGUUGAGCAUCAAAGGGUUAAUAAAACGGGACGAAUUCAGCUAUUUUUUGUCAUUUAUCACUUUUGUUUUGGUGAUAAUUUUGGCUGUGAUUCUGCAAAUGGCAUGAUUUUUGGAUAUUCUUUUUUUGUAUCAAUAAUUCACUGUGGACACUUUUACUCACCUUUAAGGCCAAGAAAAUGCCAUAAAAACUUAACAGAUAAAUAUUUUUUUCUACUUUUUUCUGCAAAAACCAACAACCUCCGCCCUGCUCAAAACUACCAAACAUUCAAAGAUUUUCAGAUUUUUAACCCUUUAUGUGCCAGUUUAUAUAUUUGAAUUAUUCCAUAAUUUCUUCCAAAAAAACACAUGAACUGAAUUAUUUUCCAGAUAAUAAAUAUUAUGGAGCUGGUGGUGAUUAGAGUUUUGAGUAUGUCAAAGAUUAGCAACAACAUUGAUUUGAUGUCUUUAAUAUUUUUAUGUAAUAAUAAAUUAACCCUCUGGUGACCUUCAUGGACCAAAACAACCACGCAUGCAACAACUGCUAUUAAAUCACCAUACAUUAAGAUUUUUAAGGGUUUUUUUCAUAAAUCUGUGAAAAAAACUUCAGACUUGUUCAAAACUACCAAACAUUAAAUCAUUUUAUGCAUUUUAACCCUUUAUAUGCCAGUUCUCUCGUGACCUUCGUGGACAAAAUGCCUCAUUGACUUCCAUUCAAACCAAAUGUUUUAAUAAUAUUUUAAGAGCUUUAAGGGUUAAAAACUUAAAUAAUACUUUGUUGUGUCGAUGAGAUUGUUGUUUAUCAAUAAACAAUAUGUUUAUUUCAGGGAUCAGACUGUGUUAAUAAGAAACUGCUGUGAAUGUAACCAGAUGUUUAUAUUUUUUAAUAAUUUAAUCAUAAAUUCUUGUUGUUGUUUAUUUUUUCUGUUUGUUUGUUUGUGUUAAUGCCCGCUGGAAUAAAACCACUCAAUGUGAAUAUC